CGUCAUCGCGCACGGAACGUCACCAAUGGCGUGACGUCAUCACGCACGGGACAUCUGCUCAGGGAUUCUCCUUACGCGUUGGGCCUCGCUGCUCAGACUGCGGUGUGUGUGCCUGAUACCGGCCGCCUACCAUGGGGGACAGCGAUGACGAGUACGACCGGCGGCGCAGGGAUAAGUUCCGACGCGAGCGCAGUGACUACGACCGCUCGCGAGAGCGCGACGACCGGCGGCGAGGAGGAGACGACUGGAACGAGAGGGAAUGGGAUCGAGGUCGCGAUCGCAGCCGGCGAGGAGACUACAGAGACUACGACCGCGGGCGGAGGGAACGAUUCACUCCGACGCGCAGGGAAAUCAGCCCCCCACAGAAACGCAUGCGCAGAGACUGGGACGACCACGGGGAGGUGUUCCGUGGUGGGUAUGACAUGCCCUACGGAGGGGGCCCCAACUAUGGACCCCCGCCCCCCUGGUGCCCACCCGAAGCGCACAUGAUGCCGCAGCCGCACAACCCCAUCCCAAACCGGGUGGGCGCCGUGCCCGAGGUGGAGGCCCCGCCGGCCUACCCCAUCAUGAAGACCUUCAAGGAGUUCCUGCUGUCCAUAGCCGAGUCGGUGGACGAGACAGAGGCAGUGCGUCGCUACAACAACUACAAGAUCGAGUUCCGCCGCCAGCAGCUGCACGAGUUCUUCAUGGCGCACAAGGACGAGGAAUGGUUCCGCGUGAAAUACCACCCCGAGGAGUCCGCCAAGCGCAAGCACGAAGCGGCCAGUGCCCUGCAGCACCGGCUCAAGGCGUUCACUUUCCUGCUGGAGGGCGGCUGGUUCAACAGCAUCUCCCUGGACAUAGACAAAUCAGAGCAGAUCAUACGCGUCCUUGACGCAGCGGUGAUAAAAAUGGAGGGUGGCACUGACCUGGACCUGCAAACUGUGGACCAGCCUGAGGACGAUGGGAAAGUGGAGAACGAUGGCAAGGACUUGCGCAAGCUGUCCGAGGUAGACAAGAAGAUGUCGGAGUCCAGCAAGGAAGGGGCAGACUCCGGAAAGGGAAGCAGGAAGCGCAAGCGAGGAGGCUCUGCGGCGAGCCCGGGCCGUGAUGCAGGGAACGUUUCGGGCUCCGAAUCGGACCUGGAUGGAAAAAAGGGACCGGGAGACGGUGAGAAGCAGGCGGGCGAGGACGGCCUGGAGAAGGAGUCGCUUAGGAAGGGAGAGGAUGGCGUCCCCGCCAAACCGCGCGCCCUCCACAGGACCUGCUCGCUCUUCAUGAGGAACAUCGCUCCUAACAUCCCCAAGAGCGAGAUCGUCGCCCUGUGUCGCCGAUACCCAGGCUUCGUUCGAGUCGCGUUGUCAGACCCCCAGAUUGAACGAAGGUUCUACAGGCGAGGCUGGGUGACGUUUGAGCGCAGCGUAAACAUCAAAGAGAUUUGCUGGAGCCUCCAGAAUAUCCGGUUACGGGAAUGCGAGCUGAGCCCCGUGGUGAACCGCGACUUGGCGCGGCGAGUCCGCGGCGUGCAGGGCAUCACGCAGCACAAGCCCGUCGUGCGCAAUGACAUCCGCCUCGCGGCCAAACUCAUCCAAGCCCUCGACCAGAAGGCGCAGCUGUGGAGUUCCACCCAGCCCAUCAAGGACACCGACAUCUUGGCGCCAUUUUCGUCACAAAACCCGAUCCUCAAGAACAUCACGGACUACCUCAUCGAGGAGGUGAGCGCCGAAGAGGACGAGCUGCUUGGGAACGCCAUCACGGGCUCGGACGAGCCCAAGGACAGCACUUCCGACGUGCCGCUGGAGAGGGAUGGCAAGCUACUACAGGUGCUGGACCGGCUGGUGCUGUACCUGCGCAUCGUGCACUCGGUGGACUACUACAACGCGUGCGAGUACCAGAACGAGGACGAGAUGCCCAACCGCUGCGGCAUGAUCCACGUGCGUGGGCCGCUGCCCACCAACCGCGCCACGCACAACGAGGUCACCGAGUACGAGCGGCAGCAGGAGGAGCGGCUGGCGCCGCUGCUGAACGCGCGGGACACCCCCACGCCCGAGGAGGCCAUCAAGAUGGGCAAGAAGGACCCAGAACAGGAGGUGGAGAAGUACGUCCAGGGCAACACGCAGGAGCUCGGCAAGGACAAGUGGCUCUGCCCUCUCAGCGGAAAGAAAUUCAAGGGCCCCGAGUUUGUGCGCAAGCACAUCUUCAACAAGCACGCGGACAAGCUGGGGGAGGUGCAGCGAGAGGUGGGCUUCUUCAACAACUACCUCAUGGACCUGAAGAGGCCGGGGCCACCCGAGUCCAAGUCCACGCAGCCGCCCAAUGCGGGGCCGCCCGCCCCUGGCGUGCACAGCUCCCCGGGUUCGUUCGCUCACGCGCCCGCUCCAAUCUUGCACGGAAUGGGUCCUAACAUGGGCUUUCCAGGAAACCCGCAGCAAGGCAUGAUGGGAUUUGGGCAGCCAAGGCCACCCCUUUUGGGUUACGGAGCGUCGCCCUACCCUCCUCAGUUCGCCGGAAGAGGUGGCUAUGAUCCUUAUCGGGGACAAGCUGUCGGUUUCCCUGGGAAGCCCCGAGGCCGAGGACCCAGGGGCGAUCCAAGAGCUAUCAUUGAAUACAGAGACCUGGAUGCUCCUGAUGAUAUAGACUUCUUUUAAGGAAGUAUGUUUGAAACAUCUCAACUCCCGUAUGCGGUAGGUAGUCUGGCGUCAUGCCAGUGAUGAAACAGAAUGUCCGGUUGUAGUAGUAGCAGUCACUUAAACACGAAUCUAUAGGAUGCUUAUGCAGUAUAUUUUUGAGUAAAGUAUUUACCAUAGCAUUGUUUCAUAAUGUUAACAGUGGUCUGUGUUACAUUUUAAAAUAAACUUUCUUGCAUCAGAAACAGACUGUACAAGAAAAUAAUAAAUAAUUUUU